AUCCGUUUUGAUAUCAAGUUGGUUAUUGUUACUACUAUUUAACGCCAUUCAAAAGCCCAAAGAGCAAGAGAAACUAAAGAAGAGCACCUUUGCUAUUGCAGGCACGAAUUAAAGUCGUUUGGGCCAUUUUUUAUCUCGAUUAUCGUGAAUUCGGACUACUUUUUUCCUAUGUUUACUUACUAGUAACUUCAUCUGAACCAAGACAGAACAGCUAUCCUAGUUUUCAAUUUGCACCUGCCACCUAGACCGAAUAUAGUAUUAUAAUUUCUUCAUCUUGAGAUUGGAUUCUACUAAGACGAAACUCAGACUCAAAACUGAAACUCAGAGAAACUGUUAUUACCAUUUUUUUUACCUCACAUAAUUUUUGAUUGGACCAAGAUUUUCUAAUCGCUGAAUAGCGUGGUAGUACAACUGACCAAGACUUUAAGAUGACAACUUCGACUAAUAAUACAACAGAAGAACCGACUAGUGAGUCUUCAGUUAGUUCCAAGUUAACUGAGUUUGGCGAAAGAGGAACAACAGCUAAAGACACCGCUAAGAAAGCGAGAGCAGUGAGCAAAAGUAGAGUGCGUCUUCCACAGAAGUCGUUUCAAGGCAGUAAAGCUAACGGUCCUAUUUUUCAGUACUUCAUGACUGGUGACGAUUACUCCUCGCCAGAUACUGCUGGUGUGACCACCCCCACCAAGCGACGUCACUCCCCCCUUGGGUCUCUGAGUGACUAUGGGGCUGGUAGUUUUGAGGGGAAUGAGUUACCGGAUCAGAGUCCGAGAAAACUGACCAUCUGCGAGGCGAUUGACGAGAAGUUCUCACAUGUAAAUUACAACGCGUCCCGCUUUUGUCCAGUUGAUUUGUCCCCAGUUAAGUUCGAAAAAGACGGAUCAGUUAGAGUACCCUGGACCCUAGUGCUAGAGGGCAGGAAAAUAGGGUAUGCGGGGGACUGUGAAAGUCUGUCUAAAUAUUGUGGAAAUGUCAGAGAGCUGGAUUUGUCACACAACGAUCUUCAGUCUUGGAACGAGGUGGUGACGAUUCUGAACGAGAUGCCGCACUUGACUGAACUGAUGUUGGGCCACAACAAACGCCUAUGUCACAAUGUAGAUUUCACAUCAUCAUCAUCCAUGUCACAAUCGAAAGGCCAAAAGCAACAACACAGCAUGAAUGGAAUCCGGAGCAUGAGUAGUCCGGAAGAAGAACUAGUCAAUUGCAACAGUACAAAUGCGAGUAAUAAUGGAGAGACUGCAUCAGGGGAGGAGCAAGUGGUGCAAGCGUCUGCCUCCAUUCCGAUGUCAUCUUCCCAUCUGAACGGAAGAGGAGGGUGGGACUCCUUCACAGUCCACCCCAAUCUGAAGACACUGGUGCUAAUCAACACAGGCACUACCAUGCAGACUAUUGUUAACCUACUACCCAAAUUACCCUCUUUGCAAGAGUUGCACUUGAGUUUGAAUGGGUAUGAAGAGAUAGAAGACAGAGUGAUGGAGACAGCUCAGCCCCAUGUGAACGUGCACACUCUCUACUUCACAGACAACCAACUAAAACACUGGACUGACUUCAGAAAGCUAGCACAACUAUUCCCACAUCUCAGGUACCUGUUUCUGGCGCAUAACCAUCUGACUCAUAUAGACAUAUCACUGGAAGGAAUCUUUCCUGACUUGGAGAGUCUGCACAUUGCAGGCAACAGGAUGAACAGUUGGGAGUGUCUGGACAGACUGAAUGAUCUGCCUGCUCUCACUUCUCUCAGAAUGUACAACAUACCAUACUAUGAUGACUCUGCACCAGAUCCAGCCAUAAGGAGACUACUAUGUAUUGCCAGGCUGAAGCAUGUGACUACUCUGAAUGGAAGUUUGGUGACAUCUGACAACAGAGUGGAUGCAGAGAGAUAUCUAAUCAGACACUACCUCGACACAGAUCACACUGCCAAACCACAGAGAUACCAUGACCUGGUGAACAAGUACGGACAGCUGGGAAAACUGGUAGAGGUGGACUUGUCUCCUGUCGAGCAGAUCACUCUGAUGUUUCACUGCUCUGACAUGGACAUUUUUCCACGGGAGAUCAAAGUGAAGCCAUCCAUGACUGUUUUGCAGCUGAAGACACAAGUGUCCGAAAUCAUAGGACUGGCCGUGAAGGACUUCGAACUGUUUUACAAAGAUGCGUUAGUUGCCGAGAAGUUUGGCCAUGACAGUUCCUUCACACAUCUGAAACUGAUGUCCAUACAACUGAGUACCAUCUCAGGACUCACAGACCAGACAGAGUUGCAUGCGAGAGUCACAGUGCAGCACCUCAUACGCCAGGGAGUCAAGCUGAAAACGACCUCGAAACAAAAUUAAACCAGAACCACAGAGCAGUUGUACAGAACGGGAAGGAAAGGAGAGAUCGCAAAUUCCAAAACUCGAAAAAGUACAGAAAUUUGGUAAUGAAGCUGAUUUGGAUGACGCUCACUGCAUGUUUGCUGGCCUUUGUGAGACACUUUUAAGCAGAAGCGCCAAUACACAAGUUUUGAGUUUUUAUUUUAAAAAAUGGCUCAAACGAACAAUAAUGACGAGGUUCAGACAGUCGAAAAAUUUCAAUAAUACGACUCAUUUUUGUUUUUUUAUUGACAUGAUGAAAAACUAAUCAGGCUGAAACCUAUUAAAAAGAAAUUGGCGCUUGUAGCACAUUAGUAAUUGUGUGUACAUUUCGUGGCUUAUUUUUGAGUGAUGUUAAAUAGAUAGUCGGUUUUAAACUUCUCUUCGUUAUUUCUCUGCUUAGCAGAACCUUAAAAUAAUGCGCAAUUAGUUUGAAUUUGAAUGACUUAAUUGUGUGGGAAUAAAAUUAAAUGACCAUAGCUGAAGCUAGAUUCUGUUCAUUCUGUAGUGCUUAGGGGUUUAUAGCAUCAUCGGCUUUUUUCCUCUUUCGUUUUGGUGAUUAGAACUUCGGUUUACAACCUCGGUUAUUGAGAGUUAUUAUAAGUGAUAUAACACAUUGACGGUUGAACUCGAAAUUUGUAACCACGUGAACAGAAAUCCAGUUUACCAAAAAAAACGAUUCGAGGAAAAGAAGCCCCACCAUUCAAUAUACUAGCUAAUGUCUUCCUGUUUUCUCUUUGUAGUUUCUCUUUAUUUCUUUCUCUGACCAUAUUCUCACUCGUUUGUAAAUUGUACACUAAUUGUAUAGUAUCUUCUCACUUUUUAAUGCUCUUCACCCUUGUAGACUAACCUUUGCCAUGUUUUAAAUGACGAAUACAAAUGAAUUGAUACUGAUAUUAGCUACUGUUAUGCAAUCGUAAUUGAUAGAACUCAUUGCCAGGGAUAUUAUGAUGUGAUGAUAGAAUAGAAACUCUAUUUGUUCCUGUCUCAGCCUGUGCUUUAGUUGGUGUAAAGUUAGUAGUGGUAGUUGAGAAAAUAGAUGUCGUUUCUUCUUAUCGCCUCUCAUCGCCUCAUGAUAUUUAUUUCCUAAUAUCAAUUUAAGUAUUUCUUUCUCUUUUCAAAA